GGAAUUAGUGGCAGUCGAGUGAGUCAGUGGUGGAAUUUUGCGAUUAGGGCUCGCACAGGGAGAGAAAAGCUUCACACUUGACUUCCGGUCGUCGUCGACCUAUUCUCAGAUGCUGCACUUGUAAAGUUGUAAUCGUGCAAAGCAGAAUCAUUCUCUCCGGUUUGAUUUUAUCCUCCUAUUGUUGUAUUGAUGUCUGUCUUCAUUCAUGUAGCGCGAGAUGACUGCAAUUGUAACAGUUUACAGCUACUAGUUGAAGCAUAUAUCAUGGACGCUCAAAUUCAAGAAGCAGUCCCUUGUAGGCCUUGUAUUAAGGUGGAAUUUCAGCUCGGUUCAGAAACAUAUUCUGUCAAGGAGCACAAGGGCAUUCUUUCGGAGCAACUGGUUUCUGUGAAAGAAGAAAGCAUGAGAAUAUUGAAGGACUUCAUCACCAGACACAAUGUUCCUAAUGAUGUCCCUGAUGAACUUGUUGAAAACUCUUCGGAAGACGAUGGUGAAAUCCUUGAAAAGCCUCCUGUAAAGUCAAAGAAGACGAAGUUUACUUGAUUACCUCUGUAUUUCUGGUUUACGUUAAAACUGUUUGUGAUUGAGGUGCUCCUUUUGAUGUCUUAGAUAAACUGUUUUGAACUAGGUUUGGAAUUACCUAGCAUUAGCUACCUUUGUAGUACUUAAGUUGUUAUGUUUUGGCAUGCAUUGUGUUGUAUCAUAUAGGUUUCUCUAUCAGCUUUUGAAACCAGUACAUGCAAUUAUUUUUUCCGUUGCCAAAACAGUGUGUUGGUCGCACACGCACACAUGGACUGAUCUUUGUCAUUCAUACUUGUUAAGCUCACAAAGCUUUGUAUCGUAAUCGGUUAAUCUUUA